AUGUCUUCGGCUCGAGUGGAUUACAUCGCGCCCUGGUGGACUUACUGGCUUCACAAUUUCCCCCACAUCAACCUGAGGUUGCAGCCCGUCGACAGCAGCUUCCAGCCCGAGGAGGAGAACUACCAGCAGUCGCUCAUAUUCCUGGGCUGCGUGGCGGCCGCCGGCCUCGGCCUCAACCUGCUCUGUCUGGCCGUCUACCUGAGCUGCCUGUGCUGCUGCCAGGAGGAGGAAGAGGAGGAGAGCAAGAAGCCCAACUCCUGCUGCGUCACCUGGUCCGCUGUCGCCGCCGGCCUCAUCACAUGCAUCGCGGUGGGUGUGGGUUUCUAUGGCAACAGUGAGACCAAUGACGGCGUGUACCAGCUGACCUACUCCCUGUACAACGCCAAUCACACGCUGGGCGGUGUGGACAGCCUGGUGACGGGAACCAUGGGCAGCAUGAGGAGCGGCCUGCACCAGCACCUCGCCAGGCUGGACGAGAUCUUCGCCACACGGGGCGACUACGUGCAGACCCUGCAGUUCAUGCAGCAGAUGGCCGACAACGUGAUCAAACAGCUGCUCGGGCUGCCUGACUGGCAGGAGGCCAAAGUGGACCUGGCGUCCAUCGCCGAUCAAACGGCCAACGUGGAGUACUACAGGUGGCUCACCUACCUGCUGCUCCUCAUCCUGGACCUGAUCAUCUGCCUGCUGGCCUGUCUGGGCCUGGCCAAGCAGUCUCGCUGGCUGCUCACCACGAUGAUGGUGUUCGGGGUGCUGACGCUGGUCCUCAGCUGGACUUCUCUGGGAGCCGAGUUGGCCACCGCCGUGGGCACAAGUGAUUUCUGCGUCUCUCCCGACAAGUUCGUCAUGAGCAAGACGAAGGGCGUCAUCGGCUCCGAUAUUGUUCAUUACUACCUUUACUGCAACCAGACCCUCUCCAACCCCUUCCAGCAGCCUCUGACCAUCUUCCAGAGGUCGCUGACCACCAUGCAGAUCCAGAUCCAGGGUCUGCUGCAGUUCGCCGUGCCUCUUUUCCCCACAGCUGAGAGAGACCUGCUGGGUAUCCAGCAUUUGCUCAACUCCUCGGAGGCCGGCCUGCACCAGCUGACCGCCCUGCUGGACUGCAGGGGGCUCAACAAGGACUACCUGGACGCCAUGGUGGGCGUGUGCUACGACGGGGUGGAGGGUGUUCUCUACCUCUGCCUCUUCUCCACCAUGGCGUCCUGUGCCUUCACUGUCAUGCUGUGCGCCAUUCCCCGGGCGUGGAGACAAAUCGCCUCCAGGGAACGAGAUUACGACGACAUCGACGAGGAGGACCCGUUCAACCCGCGGGCGAGGCGGAUAGCCUCUCCGAACCCCAACCUCGCCAACAUGCACAGCUUCUGCAGCUACAGCAGCAGCAUGGGCAGCCAGAACAGCCUCCACCCGCCGGCCCCCGCCGUCUCCAACGCCCCCCUGUCCGAGUACAUGAACCAGACGGCUCUGUUCGGAGGAAACCCGCGGUACGAGAACGUCCCUCUGAUAGGGCGAGGCUCCCCACCCCCCUCGUACUCACCCAGCAUGCGGGCCACCUACCUGUCCAUGACGGAGGAGCAGAUUCGACACUUUGGGAACGACUUCCAAGCAUAGACUUCCUUACCUGAAACGGCAUCACACACACACACACACACACACACACACACACACACACACACACACACACAGGCUGUGCAAACAAGCUCCACACAUCACAGAGGGCAGAGCGGGACACCUCAUCACUGCAGGACGCCAAAGCCCCGCGCGGUGUGACGACUGAGGAUUCGUUUCUCACUGCAAUAAAACCCAGCAAAGUCUUCAACGUAAAGAAAGAAAAAGCUUCACUAUUAAAAAAUAAUUUAUCCAUCCCUCGUUCUUUUCAUUUGCAUUGCAAAACUUACGUUCAGGUCUCCAAAGAGAACAAUGUGGACAUGGCCGCUGACGUUAACAUGUUGUUUUGGAUCUAUCUUUGUCCAUGGUAUCUGUGAAGCACACAGCGGGAGGGACAGUUCAGGUAUUUACAUUUACACACAUGUGAAUCUUUACGCUUCUAAAUGUCCCAGAGACGCGAUGACCCUUGAAAACUACGGUUUUGUAUAUAAUUUGUACAUUAACAGACGGCUGUUUCAUUCUGAUGUGUUUUCUUUUUCUUUAUUUUGUUUUACAAUGCCAAUUUUAUAUAUAAUAUAUAAAAUUGUUUUCUAGUUUUAUGUGGUGAUCUCACAUAGGAUGACUAUUUUUUUGUACGUUCUAAAGGGCCAUUAACUAAUGUUCUCUACAUAUCUAAUCCCGCUAAUAUAACAAAGUUGCAGUUUGUAAUGACUCGGGAAGCUAUGCUGCUUUAACAAUGAUUAAUGAGAAUAUUGAGGUAAUAUAUUUCCCAACAAUACAUGUUUUUAUUGCCUAGCAUUGAAUUACUGUAGGGAUUCAAUACAUGCAGCUUUGUUUACUUACUUUUGGUCAGUGUCACUUUUUUCUAAGCAUGUUCCAUUGUACAGGCACUUGAAAUGGUGCUGAAUUUUGCGUGUGUAAUUGUGAGUUGAAUAAAACUGUUUUGAGUACAA